AUGGCAGGAGGGAGUGGUAACAACAAUGAUGGUGGAGAGUUGAGUGUAGUUGUGAGGCAAUUGGCAGCUAUUGCUCAACAGUUGGAAAACUGGUUGAGGGAGUUUGAGAAACUGUUCGGGGCAGUAGGGUGUCCAGAGAACUCAGAAGUAGGCUGUGCUACCUAUUACCUUAGGGGUGAAGCUGACCUUUGGUGGCAGCAAAAUGAAGCUACCAUUAAGUUACUGAAUACUACACCAAGUUUAUUGAGCUGUCACGAUUUGUUAAGGAGUUUGUUUCUACAGAAAAAGUCUAAGGCUAGAAAGUUUGAGAGUGGUCUGACUACUGAUUUGCAGUUAAAGCUAUGCGGUCAAGUAUUUGAAACCUUGGAUGAAGUGUAUGGGAGAGCUUCACACCUAUACGCCUUAGAAUUAAAGAAAAAGAAAGAGAUAGCUGAGACAAAAGGGAGAGAAAAGAGAAAAGAGAAAAGAGGUGGGACAGAAUUCUGGAAACCCAUAAGGAACUCUAGCCAGGGAAAUAACAAGGGAGCAAGGCAUUUCUAUUGUAAGAGGUGUAAGAAUGACCACCCUGGAAAGGAUUGUGAUGGGAAUUUGGUUACCUGUCAAGCUUGUAACAAGUUAGGACACAGGAAGUAUGAAUGUUUCUCUAAGGACCCCAAUAGAAACAGGCAGGGAAAUAAUAAAGGUGGGGUUCAAAAGAGCUUUCAGGGAAGUAACAACUAUUCUGGGUACAAGGGAGCACAACAGAAUACGGUGAAACCCAACAAUAAUAAUGGGAACAACCAACAGAAAGGUAGGGCUGCAGGAAAGUUGAAUGUUAUGAGUAGGCAUGAGGCUGAUUCCACGAAAUAUGUCAUCACUAGUACAUUUUCUAUUAAAUCUAUUCCUAUUAAAGUCUUGUUUGAUUCUGGUGCAACUUUUUCUUUCAUUUCAAAGGCUAUUGUUUUAAAAUUAUCAAACUGUUUGAAAACCGUAGAUGAGGUAGAUUUGCCUAUAGUUAUUUCUACGGGUGGGGUAGUAAAGUGUAACAAAAUCUUUAGAGAUGUACCUUUAGAAAUUGAAGGAAAAGUGUUUUUGCCAGAUCUCAUUGAGUUUGGAUUAAGUGACUUCAAUGUCAUUUUGGGAAUGGAUUGGUUGAGCAAGUACAGUGUAGAGAUUAGUUGUUGA